AUGCUCGGCCGCACUGUCGGCGCGCUCGCCGCCCUGUCUCUCGGCGCAAACGCCAUUCUUCUCCCGCCUGGCAUCAGCAAGAUCUCCGAAUCGCGUGCUGGUGCUCUUGAACUUGCCCUCGAUCCCAAAUCUCAGGCUGUCAAGGUCCACUGUUCCGCAUGCGUCUUCCCAUCAACUCAGCAAGAGUCUACUCUGGAGAAAGGCGACGACGACAUCGUUUGGAUUCAAGGUGGCUCAAAAGAUGUACUCUUUAACUUUAGCAUUGCCGACAACGACAAGGACCUUCUGUUGAAUGGAGUCAAGAUCUACCCUGUCGAUGGCGGGUUCGCAUUCGACGAACCUACGGUUGGCCAGGUCCAGUCAUCAGCUUCGUUGGCCUCCAUCAAGAGCGACCCGGAGCAAGUCACCCCUCUUCGUGUCUCAUCCGCUGGCAUGCGUGUGCACGAGGAGACCAUCUCUUCUCUCAACGACAGGCUCGUCGUCAUCAACUACCAGGUCGGCCAGCUGGAGUCGCAGCCCAUGGCUCUUGACGCUGUCAACCUCAAGCUUCUCAAGGGCGCCGAAGGUUCGCUAAUGAUCAUCUCGGUCGAUGCUACUCCCUCAGAGCACGGUUUCGACAACCCUCUCGCUGGCGUACCUACUAAGGAAUGCGGCAUGCUCCCUGCUUCUCUCUGCAAGUGGAAGUCUGCCGUUGAGGACAAGAUCUCGAACUUCAAGCCCAGCAUGCCUCAUGCACUUGGCGGCUGUGGUGGUCGCAAGGAGCCUCAUAGACUGCCAGGCCACGUCAAGCCCCACUUCGAGAUGCACCCUGAUUUCGAAACUCGUCCUGAUCGCCACCACCCUCACCCCCAUGGUCCUGGUGCUCACCCUCGCCCUCACCAUCCCCACGGCCCCCACGGCCACCAUGGUCCUCACCAUCACAGACACCACCACUUCCUCCCCGCCUUUGUUCACGCUUUUGUUGCAGUCCUGAUUCCAGUCAUGGCUGGCAUAACCAUGGGCAUGUUCGUCAGUCUUAUUGGCAUGCUUGUUGGCCGCUUGAUCUCAUUCUUGUGGAUCAAGUUCGGACGCGGAGGUCAGCGUGGCUACGCUAGUGUUGCUCAGUCCGAAGAAGGCACCGAGAGCGCUGAGAAGGGCAUCGUUCUUGUUGAGAACGAUGUUGAGGAGGAGUCUCUACCCAAGUACGAAGAUGCUCCUGCCUACGACGAGAAGGAUCGUGAGUAG